AUGACGACGCUUUCAGCAAAAUUAACCAAGUUAAAAUGCUCUCUUCACCAAGAACAUAAUUAAUCAAUUGCAGCUGUUUGUUUAUCUGAAAAUUGUAAUGAAACUAAGAGAACUCUUUGUUCUUUUUGUUUAUUAUAUAACCAUCAAGGACAUUAGGUUAUUGAAUUAACUUCACUCGGAAACAUGAUUAAAGAGGGACUUAAAAAAUAAAAUGUAUUAUCUUUUUCAUCAACCUGUAUAAGUGAAAUGCGUAAUUGCUUAAAAUUGAUUACUCAAAAAAUUUAAUCACUAUCUUUAACUUUUAAAGAAAUUAAAAAAAGAUUUAAAGAAUAAUCUUCAAUAGAAUUGAUUUAUAAGUAACUAUUCAUUAAUUCAAUUAAAAAAGAACAAGAAUUGGAAACGAUAAUUUAUUAGUUAAAAUUAUUGUUCAUUAACAAUUAAUUUAUAUAAACUCCAAAUUAUUAUUAAGAACAAUUAUUUCUCUAAACAAAACAGUUAUCUUUAAAUACAUCUUUUUUCUUAGGAUCUUUAAUAUUAAAUUAGAAAUUACAAUUUACUGAAGAAUAGUAUUCAAGAGCUACUAAUUGUAUAAGAAACAUAAAUGAACUAUUCUAGCCAUUUAACUAUAAUUUAUAGAAUGAUUAUUCAACUAUUCAAAGCAUACAAGAGAUAAAAGUAAAAUAUAUGGAUGUUAGCUCAUAGACUGAUAUAUUCUAAUAUCAAAACUAGCCAUAGCUCAGUCAAUAUCUUCAAUGGAAUUUAGGAUUAUACUUAAAUUUUGAUGAAAAUAUACUAAUAUCAAAUGGAUUUGUUAAGAUAUAUGAAAAAUUAACUUUGUACCCUUUCACUGAAGAAUUAUUAGAUAAACUUUAAACUAGUUGCUCAGAAAAUACAAUUUUGUGUAUAGGAGGUAAAAAAAAUAAUGAAAAGAAUAAAUUGUUAUUGUGUGCGAUUGAUUUUGCUUAAGAAUUAUUUAUGACAACGAAUGUAUCAUUAUAAGCAAGAAAAAGCUAAAAUACUGAUAUAUUUUGGUAUCAUUACAAAAAUAGAUGUUUUGGAUUUUCAAAAAAUGAAAAAAUAAGUGCAUCAAAUGCCACUGCUGAUGAAUGUUAAAUAUAGUCUGAAUAUAGAUUUUGCAUAUGGUUAGAUGGAGAUAUUGGUUUUAGGAUUGGGAACAAUAGAAAUUUAAAAUGUAGUAAUGAAUAUAGUUACGUAAUAUUUUAGAAAUUAUGA